AUGGCUUGUGAUCAGGACCUCAACAUCAUUGAGAACGUGCCUGAGUAUCCGGAAAAGAUCAUUCAGGAUGCUCUUGGACCCGCCUUCGUGGUGACCGCUGUGAAGAUAGAUCCAAGGAUCUUUGGCCUUGCCGUCGCCCGUGCCAGGAUUUAUGCGAUUGCAUUUCGCAAGUCCAAGCUUCGAUGGAGGGCCGAGUUUUCAGUGAAUGAGUUCUUGGAUGCGAUGACUUCACAAGUCUCCCUGACUUCCACCAACUAUUGGUUUCGGAAGCUGCCCCGUCAGGCGAAGAACUUGAAUGAUUAUGCGAACUUGCGCUACAAGAAGGUGGUCGACCUGAGCCAGUAUGCACGAAACGGCCGUGGUCGUGGCGAGACAAAAGACAAUGACCAUGGGCGCUUCCUUUCUGCAAGUGAGCUGCUGGCAUCUCACACGUUGCCAACUACGGCGCAGCAGGAGCCGGACCUGGCAGAACGCGAAGCUUUCCUGCAAGCUGUGGAUGAGUACAACAGCUAUGGCAUUGCACUGCACAAUCCCAAGUGGCAAAUCGAUGAGUGUGAAUCUGCCAAGUCGAAGGUGCUGAAGCGAACCAUUGAUGGGAGGAUUGAGGACAAGCUUGAUGCCCUCGGGAUUCAGUCACAGCUCAUCAUGCUGAGGAUGGCUGCAGCGCCCGGUCAGAAACAUGUCCCGCUGCAGUUUCCGGGCUGGAUUUGCAUGGAGGAGUCGACCAUGGCUGACAACAUUUGGGGUGCUUCUCAGCUUGUGGCAGACCGGUGCGGUGGAGAAACGUGCACGCAUGGUUUUAAACACCUGAAGCCGGUUAUUUGCUUUAGUGUGAUGUGUUCAUGGAACACUCGCCCCCACCCUGUAGGUGCACACGCUCCAAUGCUAGCUGGCUUGCUGAGAGCAACUAUGUGGUCCCGGCAGCUGGAAAAGACAUGA